AUGAACACUCCACUAGAUGAAUUGCAAUGGAAAUCUCCCGAGUGGAUCCAAGCUUUUGGGCUGCGAACUGAUAAUGUGCUAGACUAUUUCGCGGAAUCACCGUUCUUUAAUAAGACUUCGAAUAACCAAGUAAUCAAGAUGCAGAGGCAAUUCUCGCAAGUUCCAACAGAUCCAGCAGCACAGGAUGGCAAGCAACGUGGAAACGAAUCGGAAGUGAUGGCCGGUAUACCCUUACAUCAACAGGAACAAAAUGAGUUUGGUCACUUGGAACCUACGAGAAGAAGCCUUCUCAGCAGGUACCCAGCACAUGCUAUGCUUGAAAGAGAGCUCAGCAAGAUGAAGGGAAUUGAAUACGUAUUAGCAUACCUCCAAGAGCCCGACUUCUGGGUCAUCAAAAAACAAAACCGUCUUGGUCCGCAACAAGUACAAGUCCUGCAAGACUACUACGUAAUCGGGGCAAACGUUUAUCAAUCUCCAACUGUGUUCAAGAUAGUCCAAAGCAGAGUCAUGGCCGCAAGUUACCACCUUACAGAAACCUUAUCUCAAUUACACAAGCUCACAGAGUUCCAGCCGGCACAGGGCGUACAGUUUAAGAGAUUACAAUCCACAACCAUUACCUCAAAUGGAACCUCAAGCUCCCAGAAUAGUGCUCCACCAACAGCACCAGCGAACGGCCCUCCAUCGACGGUCAAUACAGCGCAGACUGCACAGACUGCAAGAACAGGUCAGCUAGAGCACAACGGUAAUCACGAACCCCAGGAGGUGAUCACCCAGGACAUGAUGCACCGAUUGAUGCUCACCAGCAUUAAAUCGACUCCAGAAUACAUUUAA